AUGACGGUGGUGGCUGGCAUGACCGAUCCGGUGAUCGGCCGCGACGACGAGAUCGAUCGUGUCGUCUGCAUCCUGUGCCGUCGAACCAAGAACAGCGCCCUGCUGGUCGGCGCACUGGCGGUCGGGAAGACGGCCAUUGCCGAGGGCCUCGCGCGGCGCAUCGCAGGUGGGACGGUCCCCGCCGCUCUGGCCGGGGCGCGCGUGGUGGAGGUCGACCUUGGGACGAUGGUGGCAGGGACCCAGUACCGCGGCAUGUUCGAGAAACGCCUCAAGGAUGUGAUCAAGGAAGCGGAGGACGCCGACGGGCAGGUAGUUCUGUUCAUUGACGAGGUGCACAUGCUCACGGCCCUCGGCGGCAGCAUGGACGGCGCCAACCUGCUGAAGCCGGCAUUGGCCCAUGGUCGUAUCCGAUGCGUGGGCGCUACGACCUUCGAUGAGUACCACAAAUACAUUGAAAAAGACGCCGCAUUGGAGCGACGGUUCCAGAAGGUGCAUGUGGAGGAGCCAAGCACGCAGGCAACCAUUUGUAUUCUGCAGGGGCUAAAGCAGCGGUAUGAAGAGCACCAUGGCCUCAAGAUUCAGGAUGCUGCUCUUGUUGCUGCUGCACAGCUUGCUGGCCGCUAUAUAACUGGUCGUCAGUUUCCUGAUAAGGCAAUUGAUCUGAUUGACGAGGCAUGUUCCACCACAAGGAUUGUAACGCCCUCGAUGAUGCAGAUUGAUAGCCAAAGACAAUCGAGCGCAACCAGGGCCGAAGGAGUUCUUGGCCCAGAUCAUGUUGCGCAAAUUGUGAGUCGAUGGACAGGAAUUCCCAUCGCCACCCUUGAUGAAGAGGAGAAGGAUAAGUUGAUCCACCUUGCUAACAGGUUGCAUGAGCGAGUCGUUGGCCAGGAUGAAGCGGUCAAUUUGGUUGCACAAGCAGUGUUACGUGCCAGAGCCGGUCUUGAUCAAUCUGCCCAACCGAUAGGAUCUUUCCUCUUUCUAGGACCGACAGGUGUGGGAAAGACCGAGCUCGCAAAAGCUCUUGCUGAGCAACUAUUCAAUAUGGAGAAGAUGUUGGUUCGCUUUGACAUGUCUGAGUAUGUUAAUAGUGGAUCUGUGUUGCGCCUCAUUGGAGCACCUUCGAGUUAUCAUGGUCAUGAAGAUGGUGGGCAACUGACUGAGAAAAUCAAGACGCGCCCGUACAGUGUCAUACUCUUUGAUGAGGUGGAGAAGGCUGAUCCGUCGGUGUUUAAUGUUUUUCUCCAGCUCCUUGAUGAUGGUAUGUUGACUGAUGGCAAGGGACAGACCGUGGAUUUCAAGAAUACCAUCAUCAUUAUGACAUCAAAUAUGGGAGCAGAGCACCUAACAGCAGGAAUGAAUGGAGAAACAACAAUGGAAGAAGCACGCAGUCUUGUUAUGGAGCAGGUUCAGAAAUGCUUCAAGCCCGAGCUUCUCAACAGAUUGAGUGAGGUGGUGAUAUUUGAACCUCUUUCGCAUGACAAACUAAAGGAGGUAGUCAAAAUUGAGAUGAAGAUUAUUAUUGCCAAUGUGGCUAACAAGGGCAUCUCUCUAGUUGCAAGUGAUGAUGCGCUAGGUGUCAUUCUAUCAGAAUCAUACAACCCAAUGUAUGGUGCAAGGCCCAUAAGGAGGUGGGUGCACAAGAAUGUCAUGACAAAGCUCUCGGAGUUGUUGGUCAAAGGGGAAGUCGAUGAGGGCACUAUGGUUUCCGUUGAUGCUACGACCGAUAAGAAGGGGCUGGAAUAUCAAGUGGUGAAGAAGUUGAUAGAGGAACAGGGCAAGAAGCCAGUGAUGGAGGUUCCUAGCGACUCCUACGAUAGUGACGAUGUGGUCGAGGUCUUUCCCGUAGCGAAGAAGGCAAAGGUGGUGGACUUUUAG